AUGCCCCGCGCCGAAGCCGGAACAGCCAAAUACCUCGCAAACAAGAUGAAGUCCAAGGGGCUCCAGCGCCUCCGCUGGUACUGCCAGGUCUGCCAGAAACAGUGCCGCGACGAGAACGGCUUCAAGUGCCACGCCCAGUCCGAGUCCCAUCUCCGCCAGAUGCUCGUCGUCGGCGAGCACGCGGGCAAGCACAUCGCCGACUUCUCGAUGCAGUUCCAGCACGACUUUGUGCAUCUCCUUAGUAGACGAUUCGGCACAAACCGCGUCUUCGCCAACCGCGUCUACCAAGAAUUCAUCCAAGACAAGGCCCACCUGCACAUGAACGCCACCCGCUGGGUCACGCUCACCGAGUUCUGCAAGCACCUCGGGCGCACCGGCGUCGCCCGCGUCGACGAGACCGAUAAAGGCUGGUUCAUCGCCUGGAUCGACUCCUCCCCCAAGGCCCUCGCGCGCCAGGAGGCAAGCAUCAAGAAGGAGCGCGCGACUAUGGGCGACGAGGCGCGCGAGCGCAUGCUCAUUGCCGAGCAGAUCGAGCGCGCGAAGCGAGAGGAGGGGGAGGAGGGGGCCGCAGAGGGGGGUGGAGCUGGCGCGUCGGGCGGGGGCAGCGGCAGCGGGGAGGAAGGGAGGAAGGAAGUGGGGCUGAAGCGGGAAGAAGGCGCAGAAAAAGUCGUACUAUCGCUCAGCGCCAAACCCGCCGCCUCCAAGUCCGCAUCACCACCCGCCGACGCCUCUUUAUCAGCCCAAACAAGCCCUCCACCAGCAAGCGCACCCUCGCUAGGCGGCGGCUUCAAGCUCGGCGGCGCACUCAAGCCAGCCGCAGGCACCGCGCUCAAGCCCGGCGCGAACCCGCUCAAGCGUCAGAACAUAUUCAAGACCGCCGGAUCGUCCAAGCCCAAGGCACCCACAGAAUCCUCCUCUGGCGUCGAGGAGAAGUCGUCUGCGGGCGUCAAGCGCGCGGCACCGAUGACGGCGGCGGAGCGCCUCAUCAUCGAGGAGCAGGAACGCAAGCGGCGGCGGAUGGAGCGCGACAGUGGGAUCGCUGUAUGAUAUGUUACACUAUUAAUUAGUGCUCGCGUCGUUUGAGAUAUUACCUCGUAUAAUUAUGUAGCUGUAUUUGUGGAUUCCGGCCUGCUAGCUUUCUGGCUGUACGUCAGUCGUGACGUGAUGAGAGCAAACUAAUC